UGAUCCACUGUUGUAAUGAUGGAGUGUGUUAAAGAGGAGACUGAUCCUGAAUCAUUCACAAUAACACCUCAACAUACUCAAAAACAAAGAGACUUGAUGGAAGUGAAAGAGGAAGAUCAAGAACACAAUGAAAUAAAGGAUGAAGAUCAGGACCAAAAUGUUAUGACUGACAGCUGCUCAGAAACUGAUGAGAAUUCCUCUCAAGAAAGAGUUGAAAACAACAAUGUUUUUGAAUGCCAUCUUUGUGGUAAGAUUUUCUCACAAAAAGGGAACCUAACGUAUCAUCUUAAGAGUCACACCGGUGAAAGGCCUCACGCAUGCUCCCACUGUGAGAAGACUUUUGUCCAUAAAAGUCUGCUUAGGUCUCACAUGAUGAUUCACACAGGUGAGAGGCCUUUCCCCUGCCCUCAGUGUAAUAAACGCUUCAUUAGUAAAGGAAGACUUAAUAAUCACAUAAAGACUCACAGUACUGAAAGGUCGUACAUCUGUCCUCAAUGUGGAAAGACUUACACAUGUAAAGCACAUCUUCAUAAUCAUAUAAUAACUCACAUUCAGACAAAACCUUUCUCAUGUCCUCAGUGUGAUAAGAGUUUUAAACAACAGGUACAGCUUAGGUAUCACAUACGGAUUCAUACAGAUGAGAGACCUUUCUCGUGCCAUCUGUGUGAUAAGAGUUUUAAACACAAAGCACAUCUUAGGCAUCACAUACAUGUUCAUACAGGUGAGAAGCCUUACUCGUGCCAUCUUUGUGAUAAGAGGUACACACAACCACAACGCCUCAAACUUCAUCUGCGUUGUCACUCGAAUGAAAAGCCGUUUAGCUGCAAACAGUGCGAUAAGAAGUUUGUAUUGGCAUCUGUGCUUAAAGAGCACCUAAAGACUCAUUCAGAUGAGAGGCCGUAUUUGUGUUCUAUUUGUGGGAAGAGUUUUGUAUUGCUUAAAAAUUUUAAACAGCACCAGAAGAGGCACACAGAGGUGGAGAACCAUGUGUGUUCUGUUUGCAAUAAAGCCUUUCUGAGAGCCGCAGAACUAAAGCAGCACAAAAAGAUCCACGAAGAAAACCCAUAAAAGUGCUCACAUUGUGUAAAGAGUUAAAUUGAGUUUGGGAAGCUGAUAAAACACAAGUGACUGCACAUCUCACAGAGAAAAGCACAAAGAG